AUGGAUUACUCUGAUCAGGGUUCGAUUUUGAUGAACAUAGUCGAUGAUGGUUCGACAAACUAUGGAUACUAUCCGAGAUUAAAUUUCAAUUGUGUUAACAUGUUGAGAUUUGCGAAACUUGAAUCGUUCCUUUCAGUGUUGGGGGAAUUGGGUUCUGUGUCGUUUGAUGAUUUGCAUUCUGGUUCAGCCAGAGCCAAGUUGUUGGAUUUGUUGGAGUCUCAAUUCUCGUUCAAACCGAAUACUAGGUUCCCCUCGUCGGAAUUGUAUGUGUGUCUGGACAGAGGUCCGGUCCUUGGAGAGAUCGCGAUCAUGUUGCGAGUACUAGCAACUCCGAGUCGUUUGAUGACGGAGAAUUCAAUAAAAGAGUAUUUCUCUUCGGUGAAAAGGUCAGUACUGUGUGUUACUCAGCUAGAACAGCCUGUGGAACCCAGAAUCGUGUUUAAUCGAAAGGUGUUUGAACAAGAAUUCAAACUUGGUUGGAAGCCUGAUCAGGGAGACCAUAGUCCUUACAUAUUAAAGCGGUGA